AUGUACAAGCUCACUUCGGCGCCUGUUCGGACCCAUGUCGCUACCGAGAAACUGGGCGGAAGCUUCAGAACGAUAAAAUCUGAACACGAGGGCAUUCAAGACGAGCCAUGUUGGAAGCUCGGUGGCUAUAGUAUGUAUCAUGCAUCCCAACCAGGCAAACUCCUCGGCGCCAACAAUGAUGACGACUACAUCGAGGCACUGGAUCAGUCAAACGUUGGUGAUUUGAUGUUCGUGUUCGGCUUUGUUUACCAUGAGUAUCCGCCACAAACAGAAAACGGAGGCGUUGACCUUUCGGCUUUGCAAAAGUCAAUUUGCGGAGACAUGAUCCGGCCGCUGCGGAUGGAAAGCGUCGGCUUGAGCUGUGGCUUGAACCCAAAGCACAAAGUAAACAACCAGAAUCUUCUGUCGUUGUCUGUGGCUUACAAUGGAAUCACGAGAGAGUUCAACCUUGAUGACAUAUUUGUCGCAAGUCAACGCAACCCCGCAGCGAGAACAACUUAUCGUAUGCAAUGCAAAUCGAUACCAUUCACAUUUAACCAUAUUGACAUCUCAACUCCCAAGAUCGAGGAGACAAAAUGGUCUGGAAUUCUUGAUCGACAUCAGUCCGCAGCUGAGCUCAAGCUUGCCAAUCUCUUUGUCGUUGGGAAUGCUUUCUAUAGUAUGAAUGACCAGACAGAGGCAGACAGACUCAUGCUCGUCAACAACGACAACGAAAAGUUGAGGUCCUUGCUGCAGCAUCAUCCUGAACACGAGGUCUUCUUGAAAAGGGGCAACAAGGCCAAGAUUGACCACCAACACGAGGUGAGUACAACAAAGGGCGCGAAAAGAAAAGAGAGAUGCACCCCGAUUGAGAGUCACACGGGAGUUUGA